AUGGGUGCCCCUUCCUACACACCUCCCCCCUCCAAGGCUCUCACGGCUGGGGUCAGCAGGCACCGUCUCCUGCAGGACCUCCAGCACAAGCAGGGCGAGCUGGAGAGAGCGUACCACGAAGCCCUGCAGAUCCACCGCAACGCCCGAGAAACACUGCAGCGUGUAGAGGAGCUCUUCAGCCAGAUGCUCCUCAUGAUGGAGGCCAAGAGGAGGCAGGUGAAGGAGCAGGUCAGCCUCCACCAGAAGAACCAGCUGAGGAGGGUCCAGCAGCUCCAGGACAGUCUGCAGGCGGACAUCGCUGAGCAGAAGAGCAGCCUGGCUGAGCUGGACCCACUGGACACGGAACAAGAAGUGGUUGAUGCGUCACCGUCCCCAAAGCUUGUCCUGGAGCCCUCGGGGGGCCCCAGCUUCAGUGAGAAGGUAGGUUCUGCUGUGUUGGCCCUGGUUCUGUCCGUGCAGGCCCCUCUGCUGCUCUUCUCCUCUCCUGAGCCGGAGCCCAGCACUAGAGCAGCCUUCCUGUGUAUUUGA